ACACAUCUUCAUUCUACUCUCAAUUGAAAGCAAUGGACCAAAUUGAACGUGAUAUUGCUGGUCCUCGAAACGAUGCUGUGUUAACGCUUCAACAGAAACAUCGUUCAAGACGUGUUUGGGAAGAGGAAGAUUUUCUUGAUGCAAAAGUUUUUUGUUGUCGGUAUGACGCCGGCGUUGAAAGCUCUUACGAAGAUGAUCGGAUAGAGACAAAUCUUAGAACUGCUAGUUUUUAUGGGGUCCAUCGUGUUCAACCCAUUAAAUUGGAUCACAGUUUAAUCACGGCCCUAUUGGAAAGAUGGAGACCGGAGGUUCAUUCCUUUCAGUUCCCUUUUGGCGAAUUAGGGAUUACCUUACAAGAUGUUGAGUGUCUUCUUGGAUUACCUGUGGAUGGUUCGCAGCAAACGAAGGAUGCGAUGUUGGAUCGUAUCGAGGAGAAGUUCUUCACGGCGAUGAACAAGGACGACUCCUACCGAAACAGGGACCAACUCACUUCCAAAUGGAGCCACAUCAACCGUAAAUGGCAACAACUCAACAAUCCCGACGGCGGAUCAUUCCAGAAAAGAUCCACCGUCGACGCCGAGGUUGAGGUCGACGAGACUAUCGGUUCGACCGAUCAAAUCUCUCCCUUCAACGUUGGGGAUUCCGAUAACGAGGACCCCAUUCCACGGCCGAUCGGAAAAAAGAAGGCAAAAUCCAUUGCCUCGGGUUCGAGAGGGUCCGGCUCUGUUUCUGUUUCUUCCCGCGACGAAAUCAGUUGGGAAAUCGUUGAACAACUUCGGGCAUUCAAUUUCCGAGAACAAGAGAGGUUGAAGCUAAAGGAGAAGAAGUUGAAGCUAAAGGAGCAGGAGGUCGAGAUGAAAGUCAUGGAAACCGACAUUUCUACAUUGUCGGAGAUUGGACGAAUGCUCUACGAGCAAAGAAUAAAAGAGAUCAAAGAGAACUAUAAUUUUCCUUAGUUUUUUUAUUAAUGUAUCUUUUUUUAUUAUUGUCACUUUUUUUAUUUAAUGAAUGUAUUUUUUUUAU